ACAAGACUAGUAAAGGGUGAGGCUAACAGCAUCAGCUAACUGGGCCACCGCUAGAUAUCGCCACAUUUAAAAGACAGCAACCCCAAUAGUCCUAGCACCUCUACCCUCGAACGUCGACCAGAAUCGAGAUUCAGUGAUUCUCAAGAUAGGCGCUUUAUGUUGUGUAUGUCGACGUUGCUGCACGAGUACGGGUAUCCGCCGCCCAUAUAAAUCCGUUCGGCCAACUUCAAUCAGCCACUCUCCCACCCCGCGACUAAUGGCUCUCAAUUCCUAAAUAAACAACAACCUGAACGGCGUUUCCCUACCCAAACAUGGAUGACGCAGUCCGAAUAAGUGCCGAGCAGUUCCGCAUUAUCUACGAGGCAGGCUUUAGAACAUGGGCCCGGCUUUAUUUCCACGUCAUCAAAGACUCCCAACUUCCCGCCUAUUGCCUCUUCGCCCAGGACGCGUUUUCUCAACAGCCGUUCUUUCCACGCAACCUAAACCUGAAGCAUGACAACAGCCGCGUUUUCGCCACCGGCUCAUCCGUCUGGGGAUCCACGGGAGCAACUUACGGUCACGGUUUGCCGACAUUUCGGCAACCGGUGCCCAUCGGUCUCACUCUAAAGGAUCCGGUUUCAUUAUCGAUAUCAGAGACGGCCCAGUGCGAUUCCGGCUACGCAUCAUGGUUUGCUCGCAACGAGAACUACCUUGCUGUUCUUAUAUUGGCGUGGGCAUAUAUUCUAUCAGCUCGCUGGACAGAGGUCAUGCCUGGGCCCUGUUCCCUAAGAUACACCGAUUGCCAAGCCACAUACCACGACGCUACAACUAGUCAUCAGAAUGACCAGAAUGCGAUCAACAUAGACAUCGGUAAUGCGAAUCCAGAAGAGGCUCGAUGGUGGGCCGCCGUUCUGGCACCGGGCCAGGGUUGGCAAGCGACUAUGGCCUUGGAGCAAGACUCAUUCUCAUCACCUUGGUCAAUCCGUCUCCAGCCGGGCCCGCGGUUUUUUUUAUCGCCGGUAAUCAAUACGUCACCUUCGCCGCAUUUAACCCCGUCAUUCUCGGACGCCUGCAGCUAUCUGAACAGAUUCUGCGAAUAUCACAAUACCAUCGACCAGAGCCAUGCUGCACUGGCCGCCGUCCUUCUAUUCCCAUCCAUGGGCGGCCACCAGCCAUUGCAAUUGCCAGCGCCUCUAGUCAGCAAUCGGAAGCCCUCACCGGAGCUUCCAUUUACCCGCUAUGAUGGCCAAUUGCAGCAUGACUGGAUACACCAGAGCCAUCACCUAGACAAACUUCUCACCUUGAGCUGCAACACCAGCGGCAUACGCCCCAUGUUGCUCGGUAUCUUCUACGAGCCCAGCGUAGAAUGCAACGCCGUUACCCCAUGGCUCCAAGGAGCUUUGGCUGCUAUUGACUCUUUGGCCGGCAACAAUCCAUACGUUCUUGGGCGCAUGUGUAUGGAACGCGCACCCGAGGUUGCAUACCUCUGGCUUGGCAGCACGAUCCUAGGCCUGCAGAAGAAACUUUUGCAGGGUGUUCGGUUUGGGCUGAUACCGAUAGAGCUUCACGCGGCUGUAUGGUCGGGAACAGUCCAGUCAUUCAUCCAGCAACCUGUAGCACACCCUCUUGUGGUGCAUGGACAUGUAGCGCGUGCGGAUGAGUGUCGGCUCCUCUUCCUCUCUCAAGCAAACCACCACGCUCGCGUUCCGGUCUGUCAGUGGAAGCCAUUCGGCACGACUCCCGUUGCAGAUGUCGACGUCGAAGUGCGACUCCAUGCUGAGUGCGAAGGUCACGGGCUUCAAUAUCGAGGGUUCUUCUGGGACUGCACUAACGAUGAGUCGGAAUUCCAGUCGCCAAACAUAGAGGAUAUCCAACCCCCUCCAAAUCGCCUGCCGAUACAGGAUCCCAAUGGUGCGGGACAAAUUCCCAUCUUUUACGGAGCGUUGGAGCGUGGAAAGGAGGUCAUCUCGGAAAACGCGACGCGCAGUAUCCUUGGUUGGCUGCGCUUUGAGGGAUAUGCGCGGCACGAAAGGGGGAUAUGGAAACACGAAUGGUUCGAUAUGUCUGACUCGGACGAAGAGGAUGUAGGUUGCCAUGAACUCUGUGCUGACGAUGCACUUGAAAUUCCAUCGCGUGUAGACUCUUGGCUAUCUGGUUAAAAUUCGUCAAGAAUUGAUUCUAUGUAACUGGA